GGGGGAAGAUGUGUCUGUGGAGAUUGGCCAAGUACCCUUUAUGUGCUUAAGGGGCUCUCUCUCAAUUUAAAUACCACUUUUGUUCAGAGAAAGCUGGUCGUUGUUGUUACUUGAGGAAAAAUGACUCCUUUUCCCCAGUGGCACCAUAUCGGGUGCCCCCCCUCCCUCGGCCGGUGGUUGGUCCCAAGCCGGAGGCCGCAGCUCGGCCGUGCUGAGGCCGGGUCCGCGUGAGCGUGAGGGGGUCGGGGCUGGGCAGCUAUGCCUCACAAGAAGAAGAAGCCGUUCAUAGAGAAGAAGAAGGCGGUAACGUUUCACCUAGUGCACAGGAGUCAGAGGGACCCGCUCGCUGCUGAUGAUACCGCGCCACAGAGAGUUCUGCUGCCUGCCCAGAAAGGUCAUGAUGAGCGGAGGAAAGAAGAGCAGCGGAAGUACGGAGUCUUCUUUGAUGAUGACUAUGACUACUUGCAGCAUCUGAAAGAAGCCUCUGGUCCCUCUGAGCUUGUCCCUUCUGUACGUGGACAGCAAGGCAGAAUUAUCAUCACGAGUGAGGGUCACAUAGAGGAUGAAAUUCAACAAAUUGCAGCUCCAUCUAUUAAGUUGCCUUCCUCGGUAUUUGCCACAGAAUUUGAAGAGGAUGUGGGCUUACUAAAUAAAGCUGCUCCCAUUUCAGGACCACGGCUGGAUUUUGACCCUGAUAUUGUUGCAGCUCUUGACGAUGAUUUUGACUUUGACAAUCCAGAAAAUAUUCUGGAAGAUGAUUUUGUUCUACAAGCAAAUGAACCAAAGAAAAGGGGAUCAGAUGCUGAGGAUGACGAUGAAUGGGAAGAUGUGGAGGAUGACAGUGAUGAAAAGGAUAGUUGUUGUAAUGAUGAAGAUUAUGAUUCAGAAGGUCCUUUAUCAGAUGAUGGGGUUAAUGGACAGGGAAAAGAAUUUCUUUUUAUGCAGGAAGAAACCAGGAGUCGUUUCACAGAAUAUUCUAUGACAUCUUCGGUAAUGAGAAGGAACGAGCAGUUAACCUUGUUGGAUGACAGAUUUGAGAAGUUUUUUGAACAGUUUGAUGAAGAUGAAAUUGGAGCCUUGGAUAAUGUGGAAUUAGAAGGCUAUAUUAACACGGACAACACUCGGUUGCAGGAAGUCUUGAAUGAUUACUACAAAGAAAAAGCAAAGAAUUGUGUGAAAUUGGAUUCUCUUGAACCCUGUGAAGAUUUAGACUCUCCUGCAAAUGAAGAAAGCGAGGAAGAAAAAGAAGAAAUAGUAACUCUAGUUAUUGAAGAACCAAAAGAAAAGUGGGAUUGUGAAUCCAUUUUGAGUACAUAUUCAAACUUAUAUAAUCAUCCGAAGCUUAUUAUGGAGCCAUCAAAGCCCAAACCAAUAAAGAUUUCCCAGAAGACUGGAAUUCCUCUACAUGUCUUGCCUCAGAAAGGUCUCACUGCUAAACAGAUUGAGCGUAUGCAAAUGAUUAAUGACAGUGACCUGCCAAGAGCAUCAACACAGCCUCGUUCCAAAAGCGAAAGCACAGAGGAGCGCAAAGCCAGGAAACAGGCAAUAAAAGAGGAGCGAAAGGAACGCAGAAUGGAGAAGAAAGCCAACAAGCUAGCCUUCAAACUGGAGAAAACAAGGCAAGAAAAAGAGUUGCUCAAUCUCAAACGAAACAUUCAAGGACUGAAGCUGUCUUAACGAAGCUGAGGAACUUUCAUUGUGGAAACAUCUAUAAAUUUGCAUCUGUAUCAAGAAGGGAACUGCUAACUGAUAGAGUUGCCAGUCGUGUACAGGGGGGGUUAUUCAGAUAUCACUGUAAUGAGAACCAGAAAUUUUGUCAUUCUUUCUGAACUUCUGAAAUGAAUUUAUUGUUUCAACAAUGUAUUAGGAACGUCUAUUUUGUCAUGGCAACUGUUGCAAACUUCCAUUACACUAGAAAUGUAUUUAAAUUUAAAAAUUAUAUUUUUCUUAUAAGCUGUCACUGAACUAAACGUUUCAUAUAUUUUUGAAUGUACUCAGCACAUCAGCAGAAUCCUACAGCUUUGAUUAGAUUCUUCUAUUAAAUUAUUUGAGUUUGUACAGAAUA